AUGAUUAUAGUAUGUCCCUUUGUCAAGAAGAAAUACCAUGUGGUUCUUGAGUUGACGCUAGCUACGUCAGAUGCGAAUAUCACCUGCGACGGUGGCAACGGUAGCGGUCAGUGCCUCAAAGCCGUCCUGCCAGGCCGCCAGCAAUACGUCUAUUGCAACAACGAGCCCGCCCCGCUGAUGAGAACAUGUAGCUCGAGCCCUUCACCAGUACCAUUGAAGCUGACCAGAGACGAUACGACCAUGUGGACGUGUUGGACUCAUAGUUACACGACUACUGAAGAAGCGUCGUAUUUCAGCCCCAAAUUAACGACUACGUUUGAUGUGGCGGACAUGCAAAGCUUCUCAUCAAGAGCAGCUACGGCCUUCCCUAGCUCAACCACAACAGCACCGACUCCUACUACGACUUCGGCUGGCAGCACGCCCACUGUGGCGCCUGAAAUUGGACCCUCGCCUUCCUCAGCUCCCAAUACAGGAUUGAUUGUGGGAGCAGUUGUGGGUUCUGUGGUAGGCACGCUAGCUGUUGUCGUGAUAAGUGUAUUUGCUACGCGCAGAUGUAAGAGGCGCAGAACCAGGAUAAGAGAGAAAGAUACUCUCCAGCUCCCUCUGGCUGCCAACCAACAGACACCUCCACCCAAGUAUCAAUUCGAUACACCUGAGCAAGUGGGCCAAGAAUGGGAGAACACAACGGGAUUCAGGCCGACGAGUGAGUUGGCGGCCGAGGGCGAGCCGAAAAAGACGAGUGAGUUGCCUGGUUGA